AUGACAAACUGGAAACGUUAUAUUCUGUGGUUUGCUCAGGAACAUGUCGAUUUUCGUCAAGCGGAGUUUCAUUCACUGGUCAAAUUAUUCAACAUUGAAUAUCGCAAAGUUUCUCCAGAUACCUUGAAUCCUUUUUGGAUAGUCGAUUUCCCAAAUGAUAGUUCUGCGCUCAAAAUCGCCUCCAGGUCUAUUGGUCUGAGGGCCAUAUUUGAGUUGUGGUCGCACGGCAAAGAUUACCCAUCCUAUCACAAUCAACUUAAGGACUAUGUACAAGAAAAUCAGGAUGCCAUAAGUUGCUAUUUCAAAAAGGAUUGCAGUUUCAAAAUUACCGUCGAAACAUACAACAAACACUUUACGCACAAAGAAAAAAUACAGAAAAUCGAAACAAUGGACUAUUUGCCAUUAGAUGGCAAUGUUGAUCUUAAAACACCACAAGUUGAAUGGUGGUACAUUGAAUUUUGGGGUUUAGAUCCGACACAAGUACCUGAACAGCCAGAAGACAUACUCUUUGGAAGAUGGCUAUGUAAUGGGCAGCGACAUUUGGUAAAGGAAAUGUCACUGAAGAAGCGUAAAUUCAUUGGUAACACAUCAAUGGACGCUCAGUUGAGUUUAAUAAUGGCAAAUCAAGCUUUAGUAAAGCCGGGCGAUUUGGUUUUCGAUCCAUUUGUUGGCACUGGAUCACUGCUGGUGAGUGCAGCAAAAUUUGGUGGUUACGUUUUGGGUGCUGAUAUAGAUUUUAUGAUGCUUCAUGCCCGGGCGAGACCAAGUCGCAUCACCCAAAAAGUUCGCGAAAAGGAUGAAAGUAUACGAGCCAAUCUAAAACAAUAUGGGUGUCAUGAUCGUUAUAUGGAUGUGGUUGUGGCGGAUUUUUCAAAUCCCUUAUGGACGGAAAAGUUGAAAUUUGAUAGCAUUAUCACUGAUCCUCCGUAUGGCAUUCGUGAGUCUACGGAGAAGGUCGAAACCAAAGCCAACGUAAAACAGAAUAGCAAAAAUCCAGAUGUACCACAUUAUCCAUCAACAUCGCAUUAUGCCCUGCAGCACCUGUACAAAGAUUUGUUGGUAUUUUCGGCUAAGCAUUUAACAAUUGGCGGACGUUUAGUAUGCUGGUUACCAUUUCAUAAAGAUGAUUAUUCCGAGAAAAUGGUGCCACGACAUCCAAACCUAAAUCUAAUAGCAAAUUCUGAACAACCAUUAAGUGGCCAUACGGCCAGACGUUUGUUGACUUAUGAAAAACAUUCGGAGCCAUUGAAUGCCCACGAAGAAGAUUUGGAAGUGAUAGUGGAUGAAUCAAUUGCAUUUGAUUUCCGGGAACGUUACUUCGAUAAUUCACCUGAGAGUAGAACCGAACGUCGUUUGCGUAAAGCCGAACUAAGAGAAAUUGGGCGAUUAGAGGCAAUGAAACGAGGAAAAAUUGCUGCCGACGGACGGGAAAAGAAAUGUGAUUUAAAUAAAGCCAGAUUUAAUAGUACAAACAACAAAGAAUAA